AUGACGGUGCUUAUGCUUGUCCAGAAAAGACAAGAACUUCUUGCAAUUCCACAGCGAGGGCAGCUGUUGGUUGCACAAGCUGCCUGUCUCGUCCUGGGUUGUAUGAUUUUUCCUGAUGGCUGGGAUUCAGAUGAGGUAAAACGGAUGUGUGGUGAAAAGACAGACAAGUACACGCUGGGGGCUUGUUCAGUCCGCUGGGCAUAUAUCUUGGCAAUUAUUGGAAUCUUGGAUGCCCUGAUCCUCUCAUUUCUGGCAUUUGUGCUUGGCAACAGACAAGACAGCUUGCUAGCAGAGGAGCUCAAGUUGGAAAACAAAG